AAUAUAGAUUCUCACGUCAACAGCUUUUCUUUGUCUAUACCUCUGUGCUCAAACGAUUCUGUAGCGUGAGGAGAAAAUGUUCGGUGAAUGUGAGAAGACGGUGGUCGACAUCUCUUCAUCAAGUACCAACGAAUGGUCGCAGAAUUUGAUGGCAUCAUCAACAACAACAACAAGGCUUAAUAUGGAGAAACCAGGACAAGAUCAAUCACUACAACAACAACAACAGCCGCCACAGCAGCCUCUCAGGUGUCCUCGCUGUGAUUCGUCAAACACAAAGUUCUGCUAUUACAACAACUACAGUUUGUCUCAGCCAAGACACUUUUGCAAGGCUUGUAAGAGGUAUUGGACUAGAGGAGGAACCCUAAGGAAUGUUCCAGUGGGUGGUGGGUGCCGGAAGAACAAGCGUGUCAAGAGACCAAAUAUUGGUGGUGCAAGUAGUACUGUUGAUGGAGUUGAUUCUUCAUCAUCAGUUCUUCAAAACCCUAAUCCUAAUCGACCUAAUCAGUCGCCACCGUCGCGGAUCGAUGUGUCUUCAGGUUUAAGUCAUGUUAAUCCUUUGUUUUAUGGCUUACCCAGUAACUCAUCCGAGAUGAAUUUUUCAUUUCCUAGGUUUAGUAGUACUUCUGCGUAUGAUCUGCUUCCUAAUCAGUUGAACGGACUUGGAUUAGGGUUUUCCUCAAAUGGGUUUAAUCCUAAUAGGCAAAUCCAAGAUGGGUUAGCUUCAAAUUCUCUUCUUUCUAGUUAUUCUUCCAUGUUUGGGUCAGCCACCUCAUAUUCCAACACUAGUACCACAACAACAACUUCACCAACUAUUGCUUCUUUGCUUGCCUCAGCUGGUAUUUCCCCACAAAAUAAGUUGAUCAAAGACAACCCUUAUUUUCAAGGCUUGACACCCUUUGAUCAAUUUCAGAUGGCAAGUCGUACUAGUGAUCAUAUGAAAGAAGUGAAAAAUGAAGAGGGACAAAACAGGAUGGGUGAUUGGGACACACAAUGCCAGAAUCAGAUGGAGGAGAUUGGUUUAUCUGAUCCUACAAUUUACUGGAAUUCUACGAGUGUUGGUAAUUGGCAUGAUCCAGCAAAUAUUGGUUCUUCUGUGACUUCAUUGAUCUAGCAAAACCAAAUCUCAUGAUAUAAAUAUAUAUAUAUAUCUCCCUCUUUUUUCUUUCUUCCUAGCUUGUUCUUCCUCUAUUUCAGUCGGUUAGGCUUUGUUUUUGUAGUGGAGUUCAUUCAUGGGCUUAUAUAUUUUGAAGCAAAUUAAGAUGGGAGGGGAGCUUUGGAUCGGAGCGAUCAUGUCAGCUGCAAGAAUGAAAUCAGCCUUACAAGUUUUAUGUCAAAAGGUUGAUAAUUACCCAAGAUUGCGCUGAGAGGAACCUCGGAUCCUCUUCAUCUCAUCAUUACAAUAUUAUCAAAGUUGAAGAGCUACCACCAUGAGAAGGAUAUUCGGUGCAACUUUCUUAGUUGUCUUUAUUCGGUAAUGUAUAUAUGCUUUAUAUUUCCUUAAUUUGCUUCUUAUGUAUUUGUUUGUAACUAUAGCUAGGACUAGAGUUUAAUGGAGUCAAUGGGAUCAAUCGCUCGAGGAACUGAUUUCUUUUUUCUUUUUUUCUUUGUGGGGGGUGGGUAUAUUGGUAUAGAAAUUAAAGAGGGAGAUUUGUUAUUUUAAUUGGGAAGGGUAUAUUUAAGGUGUGAUUGGUAUUGGGUAUAUGUUGUUCACUUUGUUAAUUAAAUUUCAAUGAAAUUAAUUUGUUACAAAUUGUGGGUUUUGUAGAGAAUACUAAACAAUUGGUUUUUGGUGCAUACUAGAAAUGCUCAAUGGACUAUGUUCAUGCAUAUAUGUUAUUGGUAUUAUUAUUAGGUGAUAACAUAUUGACUAGCUGGUAGUUCUAAGAUUUUUAUCAAGCUGAUAAAAACCAUGCCUCAAAAUUGCGUCUGCACGUAUUAGCUAGCUCGCCAGCUCUGAGCAGUAGUCAUUGUUUAUUCCAAAUUAUAUAGUCACUG